GGCUUGAGGAAGGUUUUAGCUACUUGGGUAGAUUAAUUUGAGUUUUGCAUUGGUCAUUGUGUUUCUGGAUUCAGUUGGUGUAGUUUUGAGAAUCACUGCCCGAGUAAUCGGUCGAUAUGUCUAGUUUCGUGGGUGUUGUUGUCUCUGAUCAGUGGCUUCAGAGCCAAUUCACACAAGUCGAGCUUCGCAGCCUUAAAUCCAAGUUUGUUUCAGUAAAGAGCCAAAAUGGUAAAGUUACAGUAGAAGAUUUGCCACCCUUGAUGGUGAAAUUGAAGGCUUUUAGUGCUUUGCUUACUGAAGAUGAGGUUAGGCAGAUAUUGGGUGAAUUGUAUACCGACAUGAGCACCGAGAUUGAUUUUGAGACAUUCCUCAGUGUGUAUUUAAAUAUGCAAAGUCAGGCUACAGGAAAACGGGGUGGUUCAAAGCAUUCAUCAUCGUUCCUAAAGGUCUCCACAACCACUCUUCUUCACACAAUCAGUGAAUCGGAAAAAGCCACUUACGUAACACACAUAAAUAUUUAUCUUGCGGACGAUCCAUUUUUAAAACAGUUUCUUCCGCUUGAUCCAGCUACAAAUGAUAUUUUCAAUAUCGCAAAAGAUGGAGUACUCUUAUGUAAGCUUAUAAAUGUUGCUGUGCCUGGAACAAUAGAUGAAAGAGCUAUCAACACAAAAAGGGUACUUAACCCGUGGGAGAGGAAUGAGAACCAUACCCUUUGCCUUAACUCUGCAAAGGCUAUUGGCUGCACUGUUGUAAAUAUUGGCACUCAAGACUUGGUUGAAGGAAGGCCUCAUCUUGUACUAGGGUUGAUAUCGCAAAUUAUAAAGGUUUCGAGAAGAGUAAAGAGUAAUGCGGAGCAAGACAGAUUCAAUUGGUAGCAGAUCUCAACCUUA